AUGCCAAAGAAGUUUGUCGGCGAAAAUUCGAAAGCCGCUGUGGCGCGGGAGCGCAAGGCCGAGGUCAAGAAGAAUGAAAACGAAAAGAAGCAGAAGGCAGCCGAGGAUGCGCUUUGGGCAGACGACGACAAGCAGGUCUUGAAGAAGCAGCAGAGGAAGGAAGAAGAUGAGAAGAAACGGUUAGAGCAACUCAAACGAAAGGAGGAGAAUCGUCAAGCGUACGAGGAAGAUAUGGCCAACGCAACUGUCAAGCCAAACGUGGCUGUCAAGAAGUCAGAAAAGGUAACUCGCGCCCAGCUCGCUGCUCGCGCCGAAGCCAUGCUACGCGCGGCCGAAGAGGAGAAACGCGCCAAGGAUAUGGAAGCGAGACGCUUAGCCGAAAUUGAUCAUUUGCAAGAGAACGUGAAUCGGCUGGAGCUUGACGAAUCUGUGGCGCGUAAUGUGGAGGAGGCCAUUGCCGUGCUGGGAGAUAAUGAGCCGGAUCCGGAGAAGCACCCCGAAAAACGAUUGAGGGCCGCCUACCAAAAAUAUGAGGAGGUGCGCUUGCCGGAAUUGAAGAAAGAAAACCCCACGUAUCGCAUGACGCAGCUGAAACAAGUUUUGUGGAAGGAAUGGAAGAAGAGUCCCCAGAAUCCACUGAACGCU